CAUUUUUGCAAAAUAGAUUAGAUUAGAUUAGAUUAGAUUCAACUUUAUUGUCAUUGCACAGAGUACACGUACUAAGACAACGAAAUGCAGUUAGUAUCUAACCAGAAGUGCAAAAGAGCAGUUAAAGUGCAAGUGUGUGCUGUACAGGUAUGUAAAGUGAGGGUGUGCAUAAGUAAAGUGGAGAUGUGCAUAUGUAGGGUACAAAAUUACAAUGAUGAGGUAGCGGGAAUAAAUACAGUGAGUGCUAGACAAUGAGUAGAGACGGUUCAGAACAGUUCAGUGCAAGUACCUUGGGCUUUGGGAAAUUUUGAUAGGCCUUUUUACACUGUUCUGACCUUUCAUAGAUAACACAAUUGAUGAUCCAGAAACUAAUUGGCAGACUAAUCAUAAAUGGAAAAUAGCUGUUAGUUGAAGUCCUUAGAUCUUUAAAAACAAAAAAGAUAUCAAGCUAGGAAAUAAAAGCAAACUUAAGGCUGAGUGAACAACAAACUGUAUACACUAAUAUUAUAGAAUUAUAAAUGCUUAGUAAGUUGUUAACAAAGGGGGUUUUGAAGCAACCGUUUUCCAGAAGGUAAGUGGUCAUAUGGUCCAACCAGCCAACGGAAUUUUAUACAAUCUGGCAACCAUAAAUAGGCCUUAUUAAUGGCUUAUAACUUCUCUACAAAGCAUCAAUAAAUUAUUAAUUCAAGGAUUUACAGUUACAACUCUAAAAGCCCUUAUAAAGAGUGCCUUAUUAAAAAGCGGUUCACUUCUUUUGGUUAGGGGGCUGAUGGUAAACAGGUUUUAUUCAAUGCACCGUUGUGGCACAAUGUCCUAAAAAAAGAAAAAAGCUCUGCUCAUAUUUUUACAACCAUUGCUGGAGGCAGAUUAGUGUGUUGUCAACAUUUCAAAUCUUCCAUCGGACAGUAGCCCCCAAAAUCCGCUCAUGAGGAUAAUUUGAUGACACUCCCUGCCUCUGGUAAUUUUUCAUUAUAUCGACUCUCCAGCAGAGACCGCGCCUGCGCUCCUGCUCCCUUCCGAACAAGGCUUCACCAAUCCUGGCUCUGGCUCCAUCCCCGGCUCGGCGUCCCACAGGCCAGCGCUAAUAAGUCGCCUAGCUGUCCAGUAAUGGGGAAGUGAUAGGGAGACGCUGCUGUCUGAAAAAGCCGUGAGGAAGUUGAGGAGUGAAAGGAAGCUCCGCGCCGCGCCGGACCGGACAGCUCCAGAGAGACACAUCCUACAGUUGCUGUUGUUGAGUAGCCUAAAAAGCGCAUAGUGAUGGAGAGAAAGCGUCCUGGCAUGCCGUCUGGAGCGAGGAUGCCCCACCAGGGAGCUCCCAUGGGCCCCCCCGGCCCGCCGUACGGAGGGAGCCCGGCGGUGCGGCCCGGCCUGCCCACCCCGGUGAUGGAGCCCAGUCGCAAGAGGCCUGCCCCCUCCCAGCAGGUCCAGCAGCAGCAGCAGCAGCAACAGCAGCAGCAGCAACAGCAGGCCGUCCAGAACCGGGCCAGAAAGAAGCCAGUCGGAUUCCCUGGAGCCAAUGAGAUGCCGGCGAGGCAGAUGGACAUGAGAGAGCCCCAAUCAGAUCCCACGCUCGGAUCAAAUGCUAAGAGAAGGAAAAUGGCAGACAAGAUUCUUCCGCAAAGGAUCCGUGAGCUGGUCCCUGAGUCUCAGGCCUACAUGGAUCUGCUGGCGUUUGAGCGCAAAUUGGACCAGACCAUCAUGCGCAAACGUGUGGACAUCCAGGAAGCACUGAAGAGACCAAUGAAGCAGCAAAAGCGUAAACUGAGGCUUUACAUAUCUAACACCUUCAACCCCGCCAGACCUGACGCUGAUGACUCCGAUGGCAGCAUUGCAUCAUGGGAGCUGCGAGUAGAGGGGAAGUUGCUUGAUGAUCCGGGGAAGCAGAAAAAGAAGUUCUCUUCGUUUUUUAAGAGCCUGGUGAUCGAGCUGGACAAAGACCUGUACGGUCCUGACAAUCACCUGGUUGAGUGGCACCGCACGCCCACCACCCAGGAGACGGACGGCUUCCAGGUGAAGAGGCCAGGGGACGUGAGCGUGCGCUGCACUCUGCUGCUGAUGCUGGACUACCAGCCUCCCCAGUUUAAGCUGGACCCUCGCCUGGCACGCCUGCUUGGUAUUCACACUCAGACUCGCUCCUGCAUCAUCCAGGCCCUCUGGCAGUAUGUCAAGACCAACAAGCUGCAGGACUCCCAUGACAAGGAAUACAUCAACUGUGACAAGUACUUCCAACAGAUUUUUGAUUGCCCACGGCUGAAGUUCUCUGAGAUUCCUCAGCGUCUCACCAACCUGCUCCUGCCCCCAGACCCCAUCGUCAUCAACCAUGUUAUCAGCGUGGACCCCAACGACCAGAAGAAGACGGCCUGCUACGACAUCGACGUGGAGGUGGAAGACCCCCUGAAGAGUCAGAUGAGCAGCUUCCUCCUCUCCACCGCCAACCAGCAGGAAAUCGCCUCACUCGACAACAAGAUCCAUGAGACCAUCGAGUCCAUCAACCAGCUGAAGAUCCAGAGGGACUUCAUGCUCAGCUUCUCCAGAGAUCCCAAGGGCUACAUCCAGGACUGGCUCAAAUCCCAGAGCCGAGACCUCAAGUUAAUGACGGACGUGGUGGGGAACCCUGAAGAGGAGAGGAGGGCGGCGUUUUACCAUGAGCCUUGGUCCCAGGAGGCCGUCAGCCGCUAUUUCUACUGCAAGAUCCAGCAGAGGAGACAGGAGCUGGAACAGGCCUUAGCUGUCCGCAACACCUAAACUGAGGCUCUCCUGAAUCUCUGCAUCUGAUUUCAGAGCCGUGUGUGUGUGUGUGUGUGUUUGAAUGUGUGUGAGGCCUUCGCUGUAGUCUGCUGAAACCUAAUACCUCUAAAAAUGUUGGUAACUUACAAAAAAAAAAAAAAACAGCUUUUGUCUUUGUGAUAGCAAUGACAUUUCUGAGGUUUGUCCAAUGUUUUGAAAGGAAAUUUGAAAUUAGAGUGAGGAGGUUUUCACAAGACAGCAGCGAUGUGCAUGUUCGGAAGCCAGAUCUCAAUGCACAUAUGCAUCCACUGCGUAUUCGUUCCGUUUUGUGCCAGACUGUGAGGUCACCCGUCGCCUAUCGUAUAUAUUCAGAUGCGUGGUUGUCCCUCAGAGGCCGACCCCUCGGACCACAAACAUCCUCAGACUCACUUCCCUUUUCAUCACUGCUCUCUGCUUUGUAAAUAAGUCACUAGCAGUCCCCCUUCUCUCCACAUCAAGACAAACUCUCAACUGGUUUUUUGGAUACUCAUCUCAAAGAGUCUGCUGUUGUGUCCGACACAGUCAGUCCUCAUGUGGUCUGGAUACGCCUUCAUGUUUUAUGUUUUCCAACUCUUUUUAAAACAGAUUUUUUUUUUUUUUUUUUUUUGGGAGGCAUGAUUGUAAGUGUGAUUGUGUGUGUGUUUUCUUUUGUUCUAAUUAGGAGAGUGUUUUUGAAGGACUGAUUAAUUACACCAGCAAAAUUGAGAUUACAGUGUGACACAUUGGGUGCUUGCAGGGAAUCGACGCUAUCUAUAAAUCUGAGGUGUAGAUUUCAUUCAUUUUCAGGUUUGAGUGGAUCAAUUGGACAACUGCCAGUGUGUCUCACUUAUUCUUAUUCGCCAGUAAAUUGAUUUUUCUUUUUACAGUAAUUCCUACAACAGUAUUAGCUAAGUUAACUGAACUGAAGUGUUAUCAUCAACAGCUCCUUGUCUGUUUAUAGCAAGAAUAGUGUUUUAAUGAAGGAGAAAACAAGUAUUGAGAGUCGUAACGAUAGCUUUCCUUCCCUUAAUCAUAGCAAAAUGACAAAUAUGCCGGUACAUGUUGAGACUUGCUGACUGAUUUGUUUCAUCAGUCACUCACUGCCUCUUCCUUGUGUAGUAUUUUGCCAGUUAAUGUUUUGAAGGUGUUACCAAAGGUUGCAACAAGAAGAAGAGAACAUGAUCACUGAAACAGAAAUGGGUCAAAAAUCCUCAUCUGGGUUUAAUAGAAAUUGCAAAAAUGUCUUUUUUUGGCAGGUUUAACAAAUCCAAACAAUUUAAGUAGUUUGAGAGAGAAUUUACUCCCAAAUGUUUUCCUUUGUAGGCAAUUGGGCCUCAAGUUCUCCUAAACAAACUCUAAAAACCAUUAUUGCAAUAAACACUUAAGCCCAGGUUUUGAGAGCUUUGUCCAUUUCUACACUUUUUAUGUUACAUGAAGAAGAAAAAGUUUUUUUCUUUUCUAGAGAUGUGAAUGUAAAUAUGUUUUCCCCCUUAAGAGGGCCAACUGUACAGUAUACAACAGACUAUUUGUGUGUGUUUGUUUUGGGGGGGAGGGGGGUUAUGGGUAGGGGGUGGGUGAGUUACAUGGUGCAGUAUGGGAGCUCCAUGAGUUUUGAAUUAGUAGAGGAGGAAUGUUAGUGUUCCUCUGUGUACUAUCUUGGGUUGGGGUGGUUUAUUUUCGGUCCAUCUCGUAUCUAUCGUGGGAGCUAGAAGCUGCAACAAAGAACGACCUCCCUCACUUUCAAUCUCAGUAGCUGUAACACAUGAUAUAAUCUGCACCGAUCUCAUUUUACACUUUUUUUUUUUUUUUUAAUUAUUAUUAAUGACACUUGACUUGUAUGUAUAUGUUGUAUUGUCAGAUGGAGGAAUUUUUUCCCCAGCAGUCAGUUUCUAGCUGGAACCUUUUCUGGGUUUCUUUGCACUGUGCUGUAACUUUUUGUCGGGACUCUCUUCGUCAUGGGUGAGACCCUCUUUGUUAUCCCAGCAUACACAAUAAGUGAUUGGAUGAUUUCACGAUGACCUAUGCAUGCUCCAUGGACAUUAAUUAAUACAUCUGAAGAGACAGUAUGUGUACAUAUAAAAAGCUAGCAUAGCGGUCAGUGUGAAGAGCAAAGGACUCAUCACAUUUGUUGAAAUGCCUUCUGGAAACUUUUUUGCCAAAAAUGAUAUGCCCUACCAGCAACUAACUGUAGGUGUGAUUUUUCUGAACUGUGUUUUUGUUACUAGGACUAAGUUAUAUUAACUGCACUCAUUAGAGGAGAAACAGUAGUCACUGGUAGUAUCUUAGUCCUGUGUUUGACCCAGAGUGAUUUUUCUUUGUAUCGCCAGGGCAUUCACCUUGUUGUCACUGAGUCACUAUCACCCUCUUGUGGAGGAAACAAGAAGCUGCAACUCCGGGGUGACCUCAGCUGAGAGCAGAACAGUACCAGAGUAUCUGAUCUGACAAAAUGUUGACAGAUUACUGUGUCUCCUGUUACUAAACCUUGGCAUACAGUCGACAUGUUUCUCCCAACUCCCUGCAUGUGUUUCUGAAGAGCGGGAACUGCUCUUUCUCUCUGUUUACACUGUUGUCAGAGGGUCACCGACAGGAAGAUUAUAGUAUACAUAAUACUGUAUAUCUGUAAAGAGCAAAACUUGUUUGGUGAUUACAUUCUACAAGAAGAGAAAAAAAAAGGGAAAACAGCUGUGACAUUGCGAGACAGCCUGGAUGUAAAUAAAGAAGCGCUUGCCAAAGUUUGUAAAUGC